AAACUUAAUCAGCGGUCCAAAAUUUGCCAUUUGCCAACUUCUCCCUAAAACAUAACUAUUUGUUAAUUUUACCCGAUUUUCAAAUAAACGAUUCAAACCCUCAGGCCACAGAAGCAUCACCGUAACCAAAACUUAAGUAUAUAUAUUCUGUUAUUAAUCAGUGUUUUUGUUCCCUUCAUGCACUCUCACGAAUGAAUUAUUUACAAAUACAAAUGAAGCAUGGAUCAAAGGUUGUCCUGCUUUUGGGGCGAAGCAACAGCCAAAUGGCAAUCCAAUCACAAAAAUUGCCUGAUUUCAUUCCUUUUCACUCCCUUGUCCAAAUAUUCAGCGUCGUUAUCCUUUGGAGCAUUUCCAAUCCCAAUUCAGCUACCACCAUUGUUCAUCACCAGUCACAAAACAUUCUCCAAUUUUCUCCUCAUAAUUUUGAUUCUACACCUUCCCUUCAAGAUAUUAUCACCUUCUCUCUCUCCAAGCCUCAUUGUUCAUGCAUUAAUACAUUUAUUCGUCUGUUUAUCAUUCCCUUCGCGCAGUGGGCGAUUGGGGAAUGAUCUCAACUUGCUCUUCGCGUAGGGCAACAACAUACAAAACCUUGCAUCAUCACUGUCCUGGAUUCCUUCUAAUUAUGUAGUAUAAUUUACUGAUCUCAUACUAAGGAUAAUAACGUUGUUUUUAUUGGUUUGCAAAGUACUUAUAUAUUUUUGGGCACCUAUAAUGAUGAUAAGGGCCUUUAUUGAGAUCCUAAUAGAUAUGUUUAUUUUAAGAGCAAAGUUACUGCUUCCAUGCACUUUCCUUUGUUGGAUCAUCCUUACAAGCUCCUUCACCGUUAAGGUGGUGCUUUCAAAAACAGACUCCCGCCAAGUUUCAGCCCUUAACGACAUGUACCAGUAUUUGAAGCCCCAAUCCAAACUUGAUGGAUGGAAAUCGGGUGGAGGAAACCCUUGUGAUGAUUCUUGGCAGGGUAUCAAGUGCUCCGGUUCAGAUGUUACUGAAAUUGAUCUAUCUGGCUUGGGGCUUACUGGAUCGCUAGGCUUCCAGCUUGAUAAGUUGGACAAAGUCACCUACUUUGCAGUGAUGUGAGCAAAAACAACCUGAAGGACAACAUACCAUACCAACUUCCUCCUCACACACAACACCUUCCCUCAUUGGGUUCUUGUUCAGCAGAGAUCUUUCUGGAAAUCAAUUCGGAGGAACUGUGCCUUACUCAAUUUCUCAGAUGACCGAACUUAAAUCACUGAAUCUUAAUCAUAAUAAGUUAAGCGGAUCACUGAGUGAUAUGUUUGGACAACUUACAAAACUCACUGAGAUGGAUCUCUCCUACAAUUCAAUAUCAGGCAGUUUGCCUCAGAGUCUUAAAUCCCUCUCAAGCCUCAGCAAAUUGCACAUACAGAACAAUCAGUUUACUGGACCAAUAAAUGUUCUUGCCGAUCUUCCGCUUGAUGAUUUGAAUGUAGCAAACAACCAAUUUAAUGGCUGGAUUCCUGAUGAGCUGAAAGACAUCAAAAAUUUAGAGACUGGAGGGAAUAGGUGGUCUUCUGGACCAGCUCCUCCUCCGCCUCCAGGGCAGAAAUCUAAACCACACAGCAGGAAGUCAGAAAAGGAAUCUGGGAAGUCCGGCGUGAGUAUAGCAGCCAUUGCUGGGAUAGUACUGGGUGUUUUGUUGCUACUUGGUGUUAUAAUUGCUCUAUUUUCAAGAAAAAGAUCUUCAUCAACUUCCUCCCAUUUUGUUGAAGAAGAUAAGUUUAGCCAGUGUCAACGUUUUACUCCCCUUUCAUCUCAGGAGUUAUCUAGUGGCGUACGUGCCAACAGCCAUGACGACUUCCGAGAUUCAUCAUCCGCUACAGAAAAGCAUUUGCAAACCUCUUCCUCAAUGAGUCUUAAGCGUCUUGCUUCAGAGCGUCACAAGUCAUUUAAUCAGAAGAAGAUGACAAAUGCUCCACCUUCAGAUCAUCUCAAGUCAUUCAACGAUAAAGAGGCAAAUCCUUUGAAUGUUAAAAGAAGCAGUUCAGUUAACUUAGCUCAGUAUCCAUUAGCUGAUUUGCAGAAUGCAACUGGUAACUUUUCAAGUUCUCGCCUUCUUGGUGAGGGAUCAAUUGGUCGGGUAUACAAGGCAAAAUAUCCAGAUGGCAGGGUUCUGGCGGUAAAGAAAAUAGACUCCUCUUUUUUCCAAGAUGGGCCGCGCACAGAAUUCACAGAAAUUGUUUACAAAAUGUCCAAGCUUCGCCACCCAAAUAUAGCUGAAGUUCUUGGUUAUUGUUCAGAACAGGGACAAAAUAUGUUAAUCUUUGAGCAUUUUAUAAAUGGUUCACUCCAUGAAUUCCUUCAUGUGUCAGAUGACUUCAGCAAACCGCUUACAUGGAAUACAAGAGUCAGAAUCGCUCUAGGCGCCGCUCGUGCUCUUGAGUACCUGCAUGAGGUUUGUUCUCCAUCCUGUCUCCACAGGAAUAUAAGAACUUCAAAUAUUGUGCUAGAUGCUGAACUGAAUCCUCGUCUCUGUGAGUGUGGCUUGGCAAUGUUUCAUGAGCGUGCAAGCAAGAACUUGGAUGCUGGAUACACUGCACCAGAAUGCACAAAACCUUCUGAUUAUACUUUGAAGAGUGAUGUUUAUAGCUUCGGAGUUGUUAUGUUGGAAUUAUUGACGGGGCGAAAGCCUUUUGACAGUUCAAAGCCAAGAUCAGAACAGUAUCUGGUCCAAUGGGCAUCGCCGCAACUACAUGAUCUUGAUGCCUUGGAGCAAAUCGCUGAUCCUGCCCUGCGUGGACUUUAUCCGCCUAAAUCUCUCUCUAAAUUUGCCAAUGUGACUGCUCUGUGUGUGCAGUCGGAGCCAGAAUUUCGACCACACAUGUCUGAGGUGGUGCAAGGACUAGUCCGGUUAGUUCAAAGACCAAAUUUGAGCCAGAGAGAAGAUCUAAGUGCAUCUCGGCGGACAGAUGACGGUGAUGAUUACUGAUUCUUUGAGGUUCUCAGCCAAAACUGAAGCCACGCCUCCUUGCGAAAUGAGGAAGAGGAUGUGUGUGUUUCUCUUUCUUUUUUCAUUUUCCUUAUUUCGUUCAGUACUUUUAUGUCCAUUGUUAACUCUGCAUAAAAGGAUAUGCUACGUUUGGAACUGGGACAAAGUAUAUCUUCCUUGCAGUAUGGCUCUUUUACGGCACAGGAUUGAUUCGAUUAAACAACAGACUGUAAACACGA